UUCGGGUCCAACAAGCGUAGUGGAUACAAACCCUAAACCCCCGCGAGUCGACCACUCCCAAUUCCCAAACUCCCGCCGCCGCCGCCGCCGCCAUCGAUGGAGUCCGCCCCGGCCAGCCGCGUACGCCGCGAGGACGUGGCCCGCGCGGUGGCGGCGCUCCUCCGGUGGCUCCAGCACCACCCCACCCCGGCGCCGGAGCCCAUCUACCUCCUCGUCACCCUCAAGCGCGCCCCCGCCCGCCGCUUCGAGCACACCCUCCGCCUCCCGCGCUCGCCGUUCCCGUCCAUCUCCCUCGUCUCCGACCGCCUCCCGGCGGACCUGCCCGACGACAUCGACCCGCUCCCCUCGCCCGCGCUCGGGUCGCUCCCGCCCGCCGCGCGCCGCGGCCUGGUGCUCGUCGACCGCCGCCUCAGGGUCCGCCCGGGCGGCAAGGGCAAGGCGGCGGCCAAGGCCGCCCGGGUCGUGCCCGUCGACCUCGCCGACCAGGCGUGGGCGGAGUCCGCGAGGGAGGCGGCGCGGCGCGUGGAGCUGCGGGUGGAGGGCGGCACGUGCCGCGCCGUGCGGGUGGGCCACGCGGCGAUGGCGCGGGAGGAGGCGGUGGAGAACGUGGUGGCCGCCGUGGAGGCGGCUGCGGCGUGCGUGCCGAGGAAGUGGAGGAACGUGCGGGCGCUGCACGUGAAGGCGCCCGAGUCGGUCGCGCUGCCGCUGUACUCCGCGGUCGGCACCGGCGGCGGCGACGACGGCGGCAACGGCGAGGCGGAAGACGCGAAGAGGAAGGGCGUGGCGGUGAAGGAGCAGGGGAUUGUGAAGAGGAGGAAGAAGAGUAGCAGCGUCAGUGUGGGCGGUGAUCAGUUGUAAACCUGUACUAAAAUACUUCAGUGUUGAAUUCGAAUUCGAAUUCUGUCUUUCCCUUGCAUUUCGAUGCUUAAUUGAUCGCCAAGAACAAUUCAAUGAACGAUAUUGCAGGGUAUUUGUUCGAUCCUA